CAUUUUUGAACAUUUCACGCAUAGGUAGAGUGGGGCAGCGCGGAUCUCUCCCUUCGUCCUUCUCACUCUCUCUAGGCAUUUAUUUGCCAAGAUUUUCUCGGCCUUUUUCAUUACUCCUUAGUGCGAAAGGCAGGACGAAAAAAAGUGAGACCAAAAAUCUCUGUGUUGAGUUAGGAUCGCUUUUAGCUUGUCCCUUUGCCUUUUAUUUUCGUCUCAUCCCGAGCCUUACAUCCCUAAAUUCGAUCUCUCCCCCUUUUGCUGUCCCGUGUAGCAUCUUCAGAUCGAUCAAAAAAUAGAACAAAACAAAACUCCUUUUCCCUCUUGCCUACUGGGGAGCAUUAAUAAAAAGGUAUAGACAGGGAUAGAAGAGAAUAAUAAAGUUUUGGUCCUUCGUGCCGAGGGAAAAGCUGGAGCUGAGCUGAUCUUUUUUGUGAGCGAACAAAAAAUGGGUACUGGUUGGAGAAGAGCCUUUUGUACUCGCGACCCUGAAUCUACCAUAUCCGAUAAGCACCACAGAGGCACGAGUCCCAGCCCCAGCCCAAGAAGCUGUGUUCGAUUGGGUUUCCUCUCUGGCGGCAGCAACCCUUCUACUCCACGCUUGCAGCAGCAAUCUCAAGCUGUGUCUAGUCCCAGCCCGCGUUGCCGAACGGUUUCAGAAGCAGCAAACGUGAGUGAUAGCCCCAGAUUUCAAAGCAAAAAUACUCCCAGGGCAACCAAGUCCCCCAAGACCACUUCAAUCUCAAAUCCAACGUCUCCGCGGUCUCCUUUGAAGUUAUCUCUCUUCAAGAACAGCUUCAAAUUCAGGAGUAGCUGUGGAAUCUGUUUGAAUAGCGUAAAAACAGGUCAGGGAACGGCCAUUUACACUGCAGAAUGUACUCAUGCCUUCCAUUUUCCCUGUAUCGCCGAUUAUGUACGCAAGCAUGGAAGCCUCGUCUGCCCCGUCUGCAGCGCUGCCUGGAAAGACGUGCCUCUACUAGCCGCACACAAGAACCUCGCCUCAGAAUCCGCCGAAAAGAAAGAUAUCGUGGUUGAGAUGAAGAGCGUCGAAAAACCAAAUGCCGCCGAUAAGAGAAAAGAAAACUCGUCCCCAGUUUUCAGAACCAAGCUCGUUGAACCGCCCCAACAAUUUCCGCAGAAACAGCCUAAGCAAUCUGAUUCGUACAGGUCCUACGACGACGAUGAGCCACUUCUAUCUCCCACCUCCGGUGGUCGAAUCAUUCCCAUUCCUGAAGCCGACGAAAACGCCGAAGAAGACGCUGAAGAGUUCCAGGGAUUUUUCGCCAAUGCAAAAUCCUCAUCCUCAAUCAACUCUUACUCUGGUGACUUGCAAACAAGCGACAAAGAUUCCAGGAACGUUCAGGUGAAGUUGAUUCCCGAGUGUGCCGUAGUCUCAGUCUCUCGAACCCACGAGACUUACGCUUUGGUUCUUAAAGUGAAAGCCCCUACACCACCACUUCCAGCGCGUGGCUGCAAUAACAGUACGACGCCUCGUCUUGGCCGGUCGCAGCGAGCUCCCAUAGAUCUCGUAACGGUUCUUGACCUAGGUGGUAGCAUGACAGGCGCGAAGCUGCACAUGCUAAAGCGCGCCAUGCGUUUGGUUAUCUCAUCACUCAGUCCAGCCGACAGGCUAUCCAUAGUGGCUUUCUCGGCCACAUGCAAGCGGCUCCUACCCUUGAGAAGAAUGACGGCCCAAGGACAGCGCGUGGCUAGGCGCAUCGUCGAUCGGCUUGUCUCUGGCCACGGGACUUGCGUGGGUGAUGCCCUGAGAAAAGCCACCAAAGUGCUUGAGGACCGGAGGGAGAGAAACCCGGUUGCCAGUGUGAUGCUCUUAUCGGACGGCCAGGAUGAACGGGUCCAAAGCGGCAACAUCAACACCCAACGAAAAUCCUCGAGCCACGUGUCCUCAACCCGAUUCGCCCAUAUCGAGAUUCCGGUUCAUGCGUUCGGCUUCGGUAAAAAGAGCGGCUUCAGCCACGAGCCGGCCGAGGAUGCAUUUGCUAAGUGCGUCGGUGGGUUAUUGAGUGUGGUGGUACAGGACUUGAGAAUUCAGCUUGGCUUCCAAUCGGGCUGCUCGGCGGCUGAAAUAAGCGGUAUCUAUUUAUGCGGCGGACGAACCACAGCACUGAGCUCCGGCUGCGUACGGCUCGGUGAUUUAUACGCCGAAGAAGAGAGGGAGUUACUCGUGGAGCUGAGAGUCCCGACGUCGGCCGUGGGGACCCACCAUGUGAUGACUGUACGGUUCUUGUAUAAGGACCCCGCUUCUCAAGAGAUCGUAUCCAGCAGGGAGCAGGCCCUACUACUUCCGCCACCUCAGGGAACCCGAAGCGAACGCUUGAGGAAUUUCUUCAUUACGACUCGAGCCAUAGCCGAGUCCCGCAGGCUCGCUGACCACAACGACUUCACGAGGGCCCAUCAUUUACUGGCUUCGACUCGAGCCCUUUUGAUGCAGGCCAAAUCGAGCUCGGCUGAGGAGCACGUACGUGCGGUAGAAGCUGAGCUGGCAGAGCUUCAUUGGCGCGCUCAGAACCCCACGGAGCAGCCGAUGAUGGUGCAGGACCGUCGGAGAGGGUACGAGAGGGAGACGACGAGCUUGGUGGAUGAAAAUGGCGAGCCGCUCACGCCGACGUCGGCUUGGAGAGCUGCUGAGAAGCUGGCCAAGGUAGCCAUCAUGAAGAAGUCAUUGAACAGAGUCAGCGACUUGCACGGCUUCGAAAACGCUAGGUUUUAGUUUUUUUUUAUUUUAAAAAAAAUUUGGUUCACCUCUCCUCUUUCCAUUUUAAAAAUAUUAUCUAAAAAAUAAAAUAUAAAAUUGUUGAAGUAGAGAGAGGGAGUGUAAAAAAAGGAAAAAAAAAAAAAAAGGGAACAUUCAGUGAUGGGGUGAGAGGAAGAAUGGGUUGGAGAUGGUAGGAGACGGCGUGGCAGUUUCUGUAAAUGAUGGUGGUGGGGAUCUGAGGCUAUUGUUUGAUUAAAUGAUUGCUUUGGGAUUUGCAUUUGUCAUGGCUCCUCGGCAAUUCUGCUCAAUCGCUCCUGAUGAUGAAAAAAAAUGUGAAUCCACCUGAAUCCAAAUCCUAUUGGUACGUUGCUUA